AUGUCAGGAUUUCCUGUUAUAUGACGCCCGCAUCAUACUGACCGCGAUCAUAAGCUCAUCCAUCACGCGUAAGACGUUCUCACGUGAUUGUGACGCACGAACAAACGAUUCCAUUUAUUUGUACCAGACAUUUUUUUUUCCACGAAAGCAUCACACGGUCGUUGGAAUUAAUGGAAGGUGGCAAAAUGGACCAGUGUGACUGUUCUAAAUCUGGAUCUUGUAACUGCGGGGAAAACUGCAAAUGCGCCAACUGCAAGUGCGCGCACAGCAAGAAAAGUUGCGGCGGUUGUCCGUCCGAAUGCAGUAAGGACAAGAAGGGCUGCGAGAGCGCGUGCAAGGACAAGGAGAAGUCGUGCGACACUCACUGCUGCAAAUGAACGUCUGUGAUGCGGGCUGCUGUGACACUGUGUUCCUUUAAUAAUAAAACAUACAGCAAUGUCGUGUA